AUGCCCAUUGAAAUUGAUAAUAAAUUAAAUAAAGAUGUUGAUGAUAAUGGAAGAAAAGAAAUGAGGAAGAAGAAAAAAGUCAUUCCAGCAGCAAAUGUACUCACCUCAGGAUUGACUCAAUCAGAACUUUUAUCAAAUGUUAAAGAUACUGGUGUCAUACCAUCUUCUACGAUAACAGUCGAUGUUGUUGAUAUUACAUCGACACUUAAAGAAGCUCGUAGUCCAACAACAACAACAACAACUGCUGAUGAUAAAGAAGAACAUGAUGAUAAUAAGAAACAGAAGAAAGAUGAUGAUGAUAAACAUUUUAAAGAAAUUUAUUCAAUAGCUGUUGGUCCUAUUACUUGGGGUAAAACAAAAUUAGGUGGAGAUAUGUUAUUUAUGGAAGAAAGUAUUUAUGUGUUUCAAUCCAAAUCAGACAAGCUGAAUAAAACAUUAUGGAGAUGUCAACGUCGUGACAAAAAGUGCCGUGCAGUGGUGUACACGGAUUCAACAACCGCUAAUUAUCUUGGUAAUAAUGGUGUCGAUCACAAUCAUCCAACAGAUCUUUUAUCAGUGAAGAAACAUCGUCUAGUUAAUGAUUUGAAACGUAAAGGCGAAGAUCUUACUGUUAAUAUACCUGCUGCAGUGGAUCAAGGAAUUGCCAAUCUGGGACUGAAUGAUGAAGACAUGGUCAAUUUUCCUCGUCCAAAAACAAUGGCUCGAGCCGUUUAUCGACAUCGUGCCAAUAUGUUUCCACCUUUGCCAAAAGGUCAAACAUUUGAAAUACCAAAACAAUUUUCUCAAACAAAAAGAAAUGAAUCAUUUGUUUUAUAUGAUGGCUAUAAGAAAAAAUACGAUGGAAGAUUAUUAUUAUUUUCAACUAAUGAGUUAUUGCAGCAGUUAUGUCAAACAGAAUUAAUUCUAGUUGAUGGAACAUUUGCAAGUGUACCAACUGGGUUUGAACAAUUAGUUGUUAUUAUGGGAACCAUCAAUGAUGAAGGCGUUCCAUUGGCUUGGGCACUAACUAGUAACAGAAAGCAGCCAGCGUAUGAUAAAAUUUGGUCUGAAAUAAUUAGUUGGUCAUUGAAGAAACCAUCACCAAUGAAAGUAAAACGAUUCAUUCUUGAUUUUGAAACAGCUCAACGUAAUUCAAUUGAACAACAUUUUGUAGGAGCUGAAGUUACUGGAUGCUGGUUCCAUUUUUGCAAAGCUUUGUAUAAAAAUAUUGGACAACUUGGUUUAAUUACCAGUUAUAAAGAUAAUGCAGCAAUUAGAACGUGGCUUAGAUCAUUUAUGUCUUUACCACUUGUUGAUAAUGAUAUUUUUCCAUAUGCAGUUGAAUAUUUACAAAGACAUAUUCCAACUGGUUCAGAUCAAUGUCGCGAAUUUCUUCGUUACUUCGAAUCUCAAUGGCUUGUAUCUGUUCCACGACAAUAUUGGCAUGUGGGAAAUUUAAUUCCAAGAAGCAACAACUGGAUAGAAGGAUAUAAUAAUCGUAUUGGAAUACGUUUUGGUAAUCACCCUAAUAUAUGGUUGUUUCUGUAUCAUUUAUUAAUUGAAGAACAAAUAAUUGAACAACGCGUACAACAACUCGUCGUUGGUAAAAUUCAAAGAAGUGACAGUGCACAUGCUCCACAAAAUGAUACAAUAAGUCAUUCAAUAACAAAUUUGAAUAGAAAAUAUAUUAAUGGAAAGUUAGAUAUUGAAAAAUAUUUGAAGGCGUGUACAUUUUUAGUUGGUAAUGCUGAUGUUGGUAGUGCCAAUGCUAAUAAAAUGGUUUCAUCAACAGCAACUACGGUAUGUCCAACAACAACGCCACCAAAGAAAAAGAAACUUGCAACUAAAAUAUCAACAGCAGGACCAACAACAAAGACUCUCUUUCAACUAAUUUUUUCUUGUUAA